AUCACUUGUAUAUGUUUUAAACUCCCGAGCUUAUCCUCUAUUUGUUAGUCUGUGAACCACCACGUUCUCUCGCGUUUUCAUAAUCCUUUUGCUUGCUGCAAUCUCAUUCCCGUUUCAAUUUUCAACCUGCCUCUGCUAAGAAACUCCAGGUACCCUUUUUGUUUCCUCGUCGAACCCAAAUGCAAACUUCCAUGCCAACCCGAACCCCAACAUGGGUUUCAGGACGAAGACUCUUGGAAGAAAAGCUCUCGGACCUCCACAAGUGCGCCAAUCUCGACCACAUAAAGCAAGUCCAUGCCCAGGUUCUCAAAGCUGAUCUUCAUAGGGACGUCUUUGUAGCUCCAAAGCUCAUAGCGGCUUUCUCUUUGUGCCGUCAAAUGGUGCUGGCAAUUAAUGCAUUCAAUCAAGUCCAAGAACCCAAUGUUCAUUUGUAUAAUACGCUGAUCAGAGCCCAUGUUCAGAACUCUCAGUCGUCACAAGCCUUUGCAACUUUCUUCGAAAUGCAGAAUAGUGGGGUUUAUCCUGAUAAUUUCACGUACCCAUUUCUUCUUAAAGCGUGUUUUGGCCAAUCUUAUUUGCGUUUGAUCCAAAUGAUUCAUACCCAUAUUGAAAAAUUUGGAUUUUGUUCCGACAUUUUUGUGCCCAAUUCGCUUAUUGAUUGUUAUUCCAAAUGUGGUCCGGUUGGUGUUAAGGCGGCGAGAAAGUUGUUUAAGGUGAUGGCGGAGAAAGAUAUCGUGUCUUGGAAUUCUAUGAUUGGUGGUUUAGUUAGAGCCGGCGAGUUGGGGGAGGCUCGCGGGUUGUUUAAUGAAAUGCCGAAGAGGGAUACGGUUAGUUGGAAUACAAUAUUAGACGGCUAUGCAAAAGCUGGAGAAAUGAACAGGGCGUUUGAAUUGUUUGAGAAGAUGCCUGAGAGGAAUGUUGUUUCUUGGUGUACCAUGGUAUCGGGUUACUGUAAAGAUGGGGAUUUGGAUAUGGCAAGAAUGUUAUUUGAUAAGAUGCCAGUUAAGACCUUGGUUCCUUGGACAAUUAUUAUAUCUGGUUAUGCUGAAAAGGGGCUCGCAAAUGAGGCCAUUAGCUUGUACAAUAAAAUGGAGGAGGCUGGGUUGAAGCCUGAUGAUGGGGCUCUUAUUAGCAUUUUGGCUGCUUGUGCAGAGUCUGGUUUGCUUGGAUUGGGUCAGAAAGUUCACGCCUCUAUUAAGAGGAUUAAGUAUAAGUGUAGUGCUCCAGUAUCAAAUGCAUUGGUCGAUAUGUAUGCAAAGUGUGGUAGCUUAGACGAGGCAUAUAUCGUCUUUAAUGGAAUGACAAAGAGAGAGGUGGUAUCCUGGAAUGCCAUGCUUCAAGGAUUUGCUAUGCAUGGACAUGGCGAGAAAGCGCUUCAGCUUUUCUCUAGAAUGAAACACGAAGGGUUUGAACCGGAUAAAGUAACCCUCGUUGGUGUUUUAUGUGCUUGCACACAUGCAGGCUUUGUGGAGGAGGGUGUUCAAUACUUCUACACGAUGGAGAGUAAGUAUAAGAUAGUUCCCGAAGUUGAGCAUUAUGGUUGCAUGAUCGACCUCUUGGGUCGUGGGGGGCGUCUUAAGGAAGCUUUUAGGCUUGUGCGUAGCAUGCCAAUGGAACCAAAUGCCAUUAUUUGGGGAACCCUUUUGGGAGCGUGUCGUAUGCAUGAUGAUGUAGAUCUUGCCAGGCAGGUUUUGGAUCGCCUGAUUCAAUUAGAACCAUCAGAUCCUGGAAAUUUUUCUAUGUUGUCGAACAUAUAUGCUGCAGCUGGAGAUUGGGAUAGUGUUUCCAAUGUAAGGCUGCGAAUGAGGAAUACAGGAAUCAAAAAACCAUCAGGGGCUAGUUCUAUAGAGGUCGAUGAUGAGCUCCAUGAAUUUACGGUAUUUGAUAGAUCGCACCCUAAAUCUGAGAAAAUAUAUCAGAUGAUUGAUAGAUUGGUUCAGGACCUUAAGCAGGUUGGAUACGUCCCAAAGGCAUACCAAUAACAGGGGAUGCGUAUGGUGGUUUUGAUACACUGCUGAACUGGUGCUUUUAUUGCUACCGUACUCACUUUAAGCCGCAGUGCCACUUCUGUGAAACCUGGUUUUGGGGAACAUUUCACGUAAUAGUUCCCAAAAAGACUUCUAUUUACUGUAUGUAUUUUGGCACAGAUCCAUCCUUGCUAAGAAACGAUAGGGAUGGUGUGAUUUAUUUUUCAAAUAUGUACACUUAUUAGAUUUGUAGACACUAUCCAUUUUUAAUUUUAUCUCGGCUGUUCAAAACUAAAGUUUCUCUUCCAACAUUUUUGGACCGACUCAUAAACUUCUCUGUCAGCAGCCUGAAUUCGGCUGUGAUUCAUAACAUCAAAACGUAGCUCUACUUCGAGAUUGUUGUAAUUAUAGGGGUGUUUAAAUUAUUUAUCAUGAGAUAGGAUAUGGCCAAUGUUAUUGCAUUUAAAAAUGAUUCCAUCGACAUAUCUUCCUAAAGCGAGUCUCUUUUACAAAAUUGUAUCCAAUCUUGCACUGAUGUUCUAUUCGUUUCAUAUCUCUUCCAUUGGCCUUAACACUUGUCGCCUCCUUCUGAUUUGCCUUUUUUCAAAACUCCAAACUCGGCCCUUUUCUUUUCAUUUUUUUAAUUUUUAUAUUUUUUUAAAUUUUUUAUUGGCUUUAAUCGGAAGUCUAUACUGUCCACUGGUAUACUGCUAUGUGUAACAUCAAGAAAUUUCUUCCCAUUACGUCGAAUACCGUGACUUCACAAGUUGGUACUCCAGUCGGAAAGCAACUGCAACAACAAUUUUGUUCCCAUUGUUCAUUCCAUCUGUAAGCUUCAUCAACAUCAUACCAACAAGGUUUUCUCGUGGUUCAGUCCAGACCACUCUUCCCCCAAACAAGAAGCAGAGAAGUGGCCGUCUUUAUGGUUCUUUGAUGAUCAAAUUAUGGACCUUCAAAGAUAUUAAUCAAAUAGAAAUGAAGAAGCUCAGCAGCGUAAGAGGAGAAAAAGGGAUGCAGAGGAGAGUUUGCAGGGUCUUCAGGGUCAUCUGCGAAGUGUAAAGAGGAGAUGUCAGGAUGCAGAGCAUGAUAUGGGGGCGAAGAAACUCACACUGCAAGAUGUAAAGAAUUCAUUUGCUGCUGAAGCUAGCUAGUUCAUCAGCUGCAUCAAAAGUUGACGAGCUUCAUCAAGAAAUCUCAUUUUGUUCACUGAUUAUCGUGUUUGCAUUUAUUGACACACAUCUAUGUAUUUAUGUUUUCUUACAUAUGGUCCUGUUGGUAGUAAUUUCUAGAAAGUCUGUGAGGAGAUACAAGAGAAGGAAAUCUUGCUGGAAAAGCUCCGAACCAGAAUGAAUGAAGCUGAAAUGAAGGCCAAUGAUGUUAAAGUAUCAUUUGAGAAUCUGUGUGAGUCAGCAAAAGGGGACAUGAUGCAUUUGACAAAUCAGAGAAUGAUCUUAUAACGCUUGAACAAGCGCUUCUUGAUGAAGAAUAG